CGGGGCGCGGCGCCGCCAGGCUCCCGCAGAGCGCCAGCCAGGCCAGCACCGCGCGGCUCAUCCUCCUCCUCCUCCUCCUCCUCCUCCUGUUCUCGCUCCCGCUCUCCUCCGCCUCAGCCGAGGGAUGCGAGCCGGCGGGCGCUGGCGGUGCCUCCGCCCGGUGAGGCGAUGCCAGGCGCGGCGAGGAUGCGCAGGUUCCCUGCCGCGGAGAGUGCCCCGGCCGAGCGCAAGCCCGCGCCGCUCCGCCGCCACCGCCCUACGCGCGGCGCGGAGCCCGUCCCGCCGCCCGCCCGCUCUGCGCGCCCGCCAGGUGCCGCCGCGCCUCCAGCAUGGCCCGGCCGCCGCCUCCCAGCCGCGUCCCGCCGCCUCCUCUCCUCCCCCUCUUUCUCCUCUCUGCCUUCCUCCUCCUCCUCCUCCUCCUCCUGCUGCCGUCGCUGCCCUGCCCGCCCCGCGCGGAUCCCGGGGGCGGUGCCGCUGGACACACCCCGGAGCCGCCCCGCCCGCGGCCGCGCCCCCGCUGCGCGCAGGGUGCGGGAUGGAGCUCCCGAGAGGAGCCGGGACCCCGCGGUGCGCAGGGUGCGGGAUGGAGCUCCCGAGAGGAGCCGGGACCCCGCGGUGCGCAGGGUGCGGGAUGGAGCUCCCGAGAGGAGCCGGGACCCCCCGGUCCCCUGCUGAUCCCGGGGAUGGUCCCCCAGUGCUGAGGAUCAGGACCCCGCGGUUCCCGGCUGAUCCCGAGGAUCCUCACCCAGCGCUGGGGAUCGGAACCCCGCUGUCCCCUGCUGAUCCCGGGGGUGCUCCCCCAGUGCUGGGGAUCAGGACCCCGCGGUUCCCGGCUGAUCCCGGGGGUGCUCCCGCAGCGCUGGGGAUCAGGACCCCGCGGUCCCCUGCUGAUCCCGGGGAUGGUCCCCCAGCGCUGGGGAUCGGGACCCCGCUGUCCCCUGCUGAUCCCGGGGGUGCUCUCGCAGCGCUCCGGUGUGCGCGGACGGCCGGAGCAGGUCUGCGCGGCCGGGGUUCCUCUCCCGCGGCAAAUCGCAUGUUCUGGGCUAAUUUGGUUUUGGGUGGGUGCCUGCCCUCGUCUAUCACCUGCUGUUCAGGAAGGUGUUUUGCCCUCCGCGGGGGGAUUUUGCCCUCCGCAAACUUCUGUCUUGUAGGUGCUGUCCAAACCCUGCGCUCUGCCGGGCGCUGCCUCGGCUUAAAACCCCUCCUGAACAUCCACACAGGGAGCUCGCACGGGAUCACAGGAUUGUGGCAUGGUUUGGGUUGGAAGGGCCCUCAGAGCUCACCACAUCCCAGUUCCCAAGCCAUGGGCAGGGACACCUUCCAGCAGACCGGGAGAUGCAAAGGUCCGUUCUUCCACCUCGCUCUCUCUUCAAGUAGGGUGUCAUCCUGUCCAAAAUUGGAAGGGAAUCAAAGCAAGGAAAGAUGCCGCGAUAUUUCAGAAGCAGCCCAAGGUAGAGGGUAGGAAGAUCUCACGUCAGACCACUACAUACUUUUAAAAAUUUUAAUCUCCUUUCCCUACCUGGGUAUAUAGUUUCACGAUAGUGAAAAAAGUACUAAUUUCCUACUGGGCGUCAAAAGGCUCUCCAGAUAUUUUAUAUCUGUAAUUUGCGUCCUGUCUACAUGCCUUCAUGGUGAAAGACCACAUAUAAAUAUUAUAUUAAGCUUUAAUGCACUUGCCGAGUGAGAAGGAUGAACUGAACAGCACUGGGCUGUUGAGAAGCAUUUCUGCAGAUACAACCUGAAAGUCCGGGCUGCUUGCAUGACAACAAGAAGAGACAUCGUGAAAUUAGGAGUGGAAACGACCCGUUAAGUCGUCUGAUCUCUUGGUUACUUUGGCUGGCACCUCGCAGUGGUUAGAGCAUUUCAUUUUGCGAGCCCUUUGUCUGCCAUUAAAUGCCUGCCAGUGACAGGGUGACAGCCCCUGCCUAAAGCUCUGGUUUUACAUCUGAGCUCGCAAUUAAUCACAUUUUUCUUUGACACUGGAAGUGUUUUGGUUUCAACACCUUGCAUUGUCAGCAAAGAUUUGAAAGGACGAGGCUUUUUUGCGCUGGUUAAACUACAAAAUUAACAGAAAUUAUGCACCUUGAUAAAGAGGAUUUGACACCCACAAUCCCAUGGCUUUUUCUGCUUGCACACAGCUCAGUGGUGCCCACACCAGGUGUGCACUUCACCCAUCACAGCAGGGCAAGUUUCCUGAUGGCACUCAGGGCGGUGCAGAGUUAUCCAGCAGGCUAGGACAGAUAAAGAAAAAAAAAAAACCAACCUCCCAACAUUAAUUUAGCCCACACCAGCAGAAAAUAUGUGUAAUGUACUCCAGUGUAAUGCUCCAACUCACCUGGCAGCACUCAGGUGUGCUGCAGCCACGCCUUCACUAAGCUGCACAGGUAUCCCUGCGAUUGCAUCACCACCUCUACAGCAACUUGGAUUUUAUACAUCAGCCAGAGAUCUCCCUGAAGAACCACUGCCUGGAAAGAAAAUACUUUUCUUUUUCCCCAGGGGUUGCUUUGCUGUCAGUAAAGAGAUAGUGGAAAUUUAGGGAGCCUUAACAAAGCUUCUGAUAUUAACGCAUCAUUUCUCUACAACGGUGCUAAUUUUACUGCUUAUCUCUGUUUUACAACCAAGAGUCCAGCUGUCACAAUUACAAGGCAAGCUGCACUGUAGCUGCUGUGGCAGCCCAGCAUGCCUGCACCCCCAAGUGGCAGUCUUGCCUGUGAUUUUUUUUUUUUUUAAAUUUUAUUUUUCUGGAGGGAAUAAUCCCGUAAUGCAGCCCCUUUAUUUCCCCAAUUAGGAUAAAUCUAAAGGGACUAACUACACUCGGUACCGGGAGGCCUUUUUCCACUGAGAGCAGCUGAUUAAAAUGACACAGAAAUAGCUUCUUCAAAGCCAGGCAUUGUUUAUUCAGCCAAAAGGGAUGAAACAACAAAAGGCUUUUCUGCCUGGUUCUUACCUAGAGUGCAGUGCCUUUUUGUUUUCAGGCUCUCAAUAAGUUUUAUUCAAUAAAACCUAUCUUCCCACCUCAGAGUAAUCAGACAUUUUGCUGCUCCACUGUGCUGGGCUGCUCUUCCUGUGCUGCUUCCUCCUGUUUGCUCCUGGUGUUUUGGGGAUGACCCAGGACUGGAGGAUGCUGCAGGCAGUCCCUUCACCCAGCACCUUCCUCCUACCCCAAGUUUCUCCCCUUAGCACAGGGCAACUCAACUCCAGCUCAGCGCUGUGAGGUUGGCUCAGAGGUGCAGACUGUCCCUUCCAACUCAAAGGCAGCAAUCAUCUGCAUCUAGCUGUUCUUAAAAUGGAUUUUCUGGAGCCAGGAUGUGCUAUUUGCUGCUCCAGCCUGGGUUUUACCCAGGAGCUCCUCUGCUGCUGUGCUGUGGGCUCACACUGUUGUCAUUGGGGUUGUUGUGGUUGCAGCAGCUUGCAGCACUCCCCUCCUCCAGUGACCUGUCCCUGACCUCACCUUCUGGAUGAAGAUCCUAACCUUGUGUCCUUCAAUGUCCUCCAAGGCUCAGAAAUUAUUCAUUUUUAAACUAUUUUAUGUUUUUCUUAAAGCAGCUGCCUCCUGCUCCUGACAGCAGGAAAACCUGCCUUAUGACUCUAUAAGAACUAUGGGAAUGCAAACAUCACAUUUCUGUGGGAAACCCUAGGACCUUCAGGACAUUUUGAAGGUUCUCUUUUCAUUUUUUGGGUUACACACUUGCAAAUCUUUACUGUCAUGCCAGUGGUGAAGGCACUUUGCUGAAAUAUGGCCAGGAUGGGACUGGGAUAUCACAAACCAUUGCAGCUCAAGCUGAUGUUCUACCUUUUAUAUCAACAUUAAUAUAAAUACAAAAUAUAUAAAAUCACAUUUUUAUGUUUGCAUUUUGAUAUUUAUCCCUAAGGCAAAACUCUUCCUCCUGUCAUGUGGAUUCAUUAUAUGCUUUGUGGUUUGGAAUUUAAGAGAGAAAUGGGCUCAAGAACUGCCAGAUAUUAAUCCCUAAUAUUUCUGUCUUCCUUUUUCUGCCAGACAUAGAACUUAAAGCCUACUUUUCACUUUCCAGACUGUUCCUACACUUCAGGAUAAUUCCUGCUUAAUUUGACUUAGCUGCACUCUAAUACUCAAAUACAUAUUUUAUUUGUUUACCAAUCACUCAGGAUCAAGAACUCUUUUGCAACCAGUUUUUUCUUCUUCCAUCUAAAUGAUCAUCUCUGUUUGUCAGAAUUGUCUGCCUAAUAGGAUGGCCAGACUGUGGAGACUGCCUAGAUCUGCAACAUCCCUCCCUUAGGCUAAAGAUUCCUGUAGACCUUCUGGAGUAGAGGAGGUAGAAUGGAGAGACAAAUCAACUGCUGCCUUUCCAAGGGGGAAAAAACCCCCAAACCUAACUGUGAAAGAGCUAAUCCAUGUCUGGGAUUUGUCAGACACCGUUCAGCGUAACCGGCUGCUCUGAUUCUGCAAGUCAUCUGUGUAUGCUUGACUCAAGAAAAGAAGAGAUAAUACAUCUGUCUGUCACCACCGCUGCAACACUGCCAGAAUUAUUCCUGGGGUUGACACUGCCUCUAAAAAAAGGGAACAGUUGGUUCUUUUAUCUCUUCCCAAGCACAGCCUGAUCCCCCACUUCUUGAACAUGUGAGGUUUCCCAUUAAGUCAGCUUGGGUUUUGUGGAAGAUCCUGCUUCCCUCAAACAUUUCUGGUUCAAAAGCAUUGUCAUGUAAUGCUCCAUCACAGGAAAGGGGGAGAAGUAGCUGUGCAAGAGACGGAAACAGUCAAACUCCAUUAAAAAAAAAAAAAAAAAGAAAAAAGAAGUUUUUCUUUCAGUCUUUUGCAGUACAGAGCUUUUUUUCUUCUUCUUCUUUUUGACUAUUUAUAGGAAGGAACUAACAAAAUCAGUAUCAUAGUUGGGUUUUAUUACUUUUUUUUUAUUUCUGGAAAUAAGAUUUUACUGUCUACAGAGGAUAGUAUUGAAGAAUCCUGUCUAAAUGCCUGAGUAUGUUUUAAAAUGAAUCCUUUUCCUCCUAAAAUGCAAAUAUGUGAAGUGCACAAGAACACGGGAGAGGAGAGGAUUGCACAGGCCAAGGUGUGAGCACAACCCCUGGCAUGAGGCACUCCUGUGUUUCAUUCUGUAAAGCCUUCUGCACACCCCUGAAGUUGAGAAAGUGAUUAAUUUCAGAUGGGAUUAUUCCCUGCCUGCUUGUGAAAGGAAUUUGGAUUCACAGUGUUUCUUUCAGCAGGACUAAGGUGUGUGGAAGCUGAGUGCUGGUGCACGUGUGCCUUUUAAAUGCUUCUGCAGACAGCUCAGCACCAGCACAACGUGCUUGUCCCGCUCUCUACAGACAGCAGAAAGUCCUGAAUUAGAGAUUAAUGUCACUGCCCUGACUGAGGAGUCACAGCUAAGGUAAAAAUGGCAACGUUCUGCCCCAGUGAAGUGAUACUUGCAGCAAGAUGCAGACAGCGGGUUAUAGAAUCACAGAAGCAUGAAAUAUUCUGGGAAGGACAUUUAAUGUCACCCAGAGCCACCCCAGCCAUGGCAGGGACACCUUCCCCUGUGCCAGGCUGCUCCAGCCCCAGUGUCCAGCCUGGCCUUGGGCACUGCCAGGGAUCCAGGGGCAGCCCCAGCUGCUCUGGGCACCCUGUGCCAGCCCUGCCCACCCUGCCAGGGAACAAUUCCCAGUUCCCAAGAUCCCAUCUAGACCUGCUCUCUGUCAGUUUGAGAAGGUUUUCUGACACAGGAGCAGAUUUCUGCUCAGGACCUUGCCCCAGCUGGUGGUGAUGCUGUGGGUGACACUGUUCCCAGGAAAACCCAGGGGGUACCUGCAUUUCUGAGAGGCUGUUGGGCACCCAGAGCAUCCACGUGAGGGAUGCUGCUUCACCUCUCUCUUUGCUGUCUAUAUAUGUUUUAAAAUGCCAACCCACUCCAUAGUGAGGAGGACUCUGACUGGCACCUUGGAUAUCACAUUCCCAUGCCCUUGGUGGCCUGUACUCCUCUUCCAGCUGCAAAUAUGUGUACUUAAAGGAAAUCAGUCAGUAGAAGAGGGACUAUCUGACUGAACAGCCCUCAGUUCCUUACAAAACCAAGCUAAUACACACUUCCCUUUUCCUCAAGUUUGUCUCUCUCCACUGGUCCACAAUCCCUAAUAUUCCACUUGCACAGUGCUUGCUUAAGAGAGAAAUGGGCUUGUACAGCUUGUUCUGCCCUCCUCUCUGGAUUGUUUCUGCUCCUUUUUACAAGAAAGCCAAAUCACCAUCAGUAGCAGGAGUUUUGGAUCAUUUACACCCUUCUACACAACUGCUUAGGGAAAGGAGCCCAACAGCUCUUUGAGAUCCCCAGCAAAGCUGGCCUUGCCUCUCGUGCCUCAGUAUCAGGAAAUAUUUGCACCCUGAAUCCUUGAAGAGACAUCUCUGAAGUGCAGCCCAGUGAUCCAUGUGCACUGCAGGAUUCCCUGGAGGUGGAAGGAUUCCCUCUAACUCAGUACAUAUCGCAGGCUCAGAAAUUCCCUGGUUUGGCCAACACUCAACUGAAUCAAGAUGAAUUUCUACAAACCCCACAAGGGCUGUGCAAGAAGCUGCUAAAAUUCCAAGCACAGCUCUUCAGGGUCUACGUUAAAUUUGUAACAACCAAGGUGCUGUUUGGGUUUUAGUGCUGAAGUUGCUGUUUUGCAAAGUUAAAUGUGUUGUGCCAAGGUCUUUAUCCUACUGUUAUUUAUACUGGGUUUUCAAGGAAAGCACCAUGAAUGAACUCGGUAAAAGAGUUCAUUUCAGACACCUACAAAACAUAUUUUCAUAUUAGCAAGAAUAUGCUUCAACCACUUAAACUCCAAGGAGUUUUUACAGUGUCUGUCUGUGUUUUUGUUGAUCUUUGCAAUAAGUAGUAGUAUUUUUUUGUUUGUUUUGAUUGUUUUUUUUUUUUUUUGUGUGUGUGUAUGUGUGUGUGUUAAUUAAUUUUACUCUGAGGAACAAAAUAAGUUUUGAAAUAUAAUUUUAGGACUGACUUGGACUUACUUUCAGUGCUCAUAUUGCACCAUUACUUUUAGCAGCUCAUUCAUGCAGAAUUUCAGAAUACAGGGGAGGAACUAUUAAAUCACUAUAAAGUAUUUAAGGGAGGUGCCACCUGCAUUUCAGGCAUUUAACUUAGACUUUGCCAAACAUCUUAUGAUUUCCAAAUCAGAGAAUAUUAUUAGAGCCAAGAGACUUUUGGCUCUUACUCUCUCGUGGUGGGAUGCAUUUCAAAGCAACACCAAAGAUUUCAAUUAUUAGUUCAGUAUCAAUCAAGACAAGUGACCAACUUGGUUUCUUCAAUCUUCUGAUAUCUGGCAGUCCAGUGUGACAGUUUGUAGAUAAUUAAUGUCAGAUUUUGACAAUGUGAGAGAUUUUAGAAGUAAUUUUAUGCCACUGCAGUGAGCUGACAGAGCCAUCCUGCCUCAAUGUAUGACAAAAAAUGUUUGCCAUAGAAAGUUUUUCUCAAGUGGUCUUGGGUUGGUUGAGGUGUUUUUUUUUAGUAGGUUGGUUGGUUUUAUUGUUGUUGUUGUUGUUACCUUCUUCAGGUUAAGAGAUAGAAAUGUGUGUUAGAAAUUGAUAUAAAACACAUUACAAAGAGAAAAAAAAGGAAAAAAAGAGGAAAAAAAAAGGUCGAGGAAAGGAAUGUGGUAGCACCAGUUACAUUUCUGAAAGGUAAUAUUUUUCAUGAUUGGCAGAACAUUUUUCCCCAAGAUGGAAAAGGGCAUACUCAUCUAAAGAAGACACAAGAAUCCUCUUUUCUUUUCAGAUUGUUAGUGGUACAGCAGCCAGAAAACUGGCUUGACACAAGAUGCUGAGAUUUCAACCUGCAUUCUGACUCAAGCAAUACAGCUGCUUCAUCUGCCUCUCUGGUACAUCAAUUACAUAUCUUGACUAUUUCCUUCCCCUCAGGGACUCUACUUUUCCAAUGAGUGCUCUUGUCCUCAUUAUAAUUUUGAGAAAUCUUCAUUUUGUCUCAUUUGAUUUCAUCUCGAUUGACAAUCAGAACAGAUUUUUCAGGCAGCUGCUGAACUUGUUGGGGUGCAGCAGCCUCAGCCCCUUCCUCAGGGAAUUCACAGCUUAAGACAAGAGCCAGAGCCACAAAGUGCUGUGGAGGAACAAAGUGAAUGGGGAAAAGUAAAAGUAAACAUGAUUUUUUGUGACAAAGAUCUGUGCAGGCAAUUCUCUUUGUGUUUUAAUUGUGUAGGAUAGGGGUCUGGGGAAAUAAAAAAUUCGAGGAUGACUUGGGUUGUCUGAGUUAAAAUGUCCUUCAGCUUUCAGAGUGAAAUUUGUGUUCUUACAGGAGGAUUGAGCAGGCCCCAGAGAACCAGCAAUAUAUUAUCUUUAUUUUAUUUUAUUUUAUUUUAUUUUAUUUUAUUUUAUUUUAUUUUAUUUU